CAAUAGGCAGAGCGCGCAUUGCUCUUCAGUGUGUAACAAACAAAGAUUUAAUGCAGAAUAAAUGCAUUUGCUAAAAAAAACAGAAUUUGUUGUUGUUACAUUGAAAAUAAAUAGUGCAACUGGUUGAAAAGACUUGCAAAAGUUAAAUUAAAGUGAAAUUACAUAAAGAAACAAACUGUAAUUGCAGAUUUACAAUUUUCGUGUGUGCUUAUCAAGAAUUGUUGUCUGGGCCGGAGUGAGCCGCAAGCAUGGGCCAGAUUGUAGGAGCUAUGCAAAGCAAUGUGGCUGAAGCGUUUGGCAGCCGACGCAAGCGAAGACGCAGCACAGACUCCACUGACUCGGAGGAGGAGCGAGAGCGCACAAAGCAGCAAAAUGCGUCGCCCAAAAAAAAGAAGCUGCUUACCACCACUCAGUAUAUAUACAAAGCUUUGUUCAAGGAGGAGAAGAACUCGGAUGUAUCGGUCAUGGCCAUGGACAAGGUCUGGCAUUUGCACAAGGUCUAUCUUAGUCAGAGUCCCUAUUUCUUCACCAUGUUCAAUGGCACAUGGAAGGAGGCACAACAGAACUUUGUGCACAUUAAGAUACUCGAUGAGCGCAUCACUGUGGAGAGCCUGGAUGCUGUCUUUGGCUCCAUGUACUCGGAUGAGAUUGAAAUUGAGGCCAAUGAUGUGAUCCCCGUGCUGGCCACCGCCACACUCUUCCAUUUGGACGGCAUCAUCGACAGGUGUGCCGAGGUAAUGGCCGACACCAUCAAUGCGGAAACUGCCAUACAGUACUAUGAGGCUGCCUGCCAAUAUGGCGUCAUAAGCGUCAAAAAGUCCACCUUCCAAUGGUUCCAAAUCAAUUUACUUAGCAUUUAUAACAAGCACCCCAAUCUGCUGCGGCACAUAUCCAUCGAUCUGAUGAACUUGCUCACUGCCAGUCACGAUCUGUACGUACUGCAAACCGAAUUCUCAUUGUAUACGCUGCUGCGCACUUGGAUGUUUCUGCAACUGCAUCCACACUACGAUCCCGAGGAUCCAGUGCAGCGCGCCGAGGCGCUGAAGACUCAAGAGCGCCUGACCAAUGCUGGCGUGGAGACGAACACACCCAGCAUGGAUGUGGCGCAGUGGACAUACUUUACCAAUCGCAUGGAGGAGCGCUCCUUUUUAGCCACGCCCGAGGGCCAGCCAUAUGUGCGCGUAUUCCAACGACUGCGCACACAAUAUCUAACCAAUCACUAUAUGGAUCUGAAGAUUAUCUUCAACGAUAACAUUAUACCCAAGGAGUGGCUCUACAAGCAUAUACACAGCCACUGGGAUGCGUUGCUGCGCAUUGAUCAUCACCAGGAGGAUGGCUCCUGUUUUAGAAACCCGCUGCACUUGGAUGACGAGCAGUUCUUUGAGAACUGCAUGCGCUGUGGCCGCUUGCUAACCGAGCCCGGCUAUCAAAAGUGGCGCUGGACUGGCUUUAACUAUGGCAUGGAUCUCAUACUUAUUAUGGACUCGCGUCGAUUGAACAUACGCCGCCAUCAUCGCCACGAGCAUGAGCGCGUGCUCAGCCUGCAGACGAAACGCAAGUUCAUGAUACGCACCACCAUAACGUCCAUUAAUGCGCAGCGGCAACCGGUGUUCACGCAAUCGUCUGAUAUUAUAACACUGAAUCUGGAGAAGAACGAGGAGGUGACGCUAAUGGUGUUGGAUCCGAAGCUAGUGCAUCCGUUGCUCAUUUCCAUCAACAUGCUGCUGGUGAUGCCGCCCAAUCAGAGCUUCAAGGAGAUUGUGCCGCAGAGCGAAGAGUCGAAUAUGUCGGCAGCAGACAGACCCAUAUCCGAGAUUGGCGGCAACUGUGAGCGUUCGCUGACGCCCGCCAGCGCGGAUGAUUCAGCUGUGUUUGUUGCCAGCGGCGAUUCGGAGACCUCGACACCGUCCACGCCUGCAUCGGCGCGUCGUCUGCCGAUCAGAUACAACUGGGUGCAUAGCGAUGAGGAGGCGCUAUGCCGCGACGUGGCCUGCUGAGCAUGCGCCAAUCCUCGGAACCCUUUCCCCAACUGCAAUUGCGCAAUUGGUGACUACGCUCCUCGCUCUUGGCUCGAGCUUCGUUAGUCUGUAAAUUCGUUUCAUUGUUGGCCACGACUAGCGUGUGCUAUCUGUACAUAUAUCUAUAUCUAUAUAGUUGUAGUCCUCAUCCUUGCAUACUACUUACUAAAUAUCUAAUCAAUUGUAUAUUAUUAUGCCGCCCCUCGUUGGUACGCACCUAUAUAUUUUUGUAUAUCUUUUACAUUUAAACAAAAAAAAAAAAAACGCAAUUAAUCCUUAAAUAUUCCUACGUACAACUAAAUUGUUUUGUAAAGCAAUGUCAAUUUAAGUUUCUUUACACAAACACACACACACACGCACACACAAUGUGCGUGCUCGCACAAAAGUUUUGAUAUGUAUAUGUAAUAAUUUAUAUAUGUAUGUUUACUCGUGUUAAGCGCAAUCCUAAUUGAAAACGUUUUCGUUUAAAUAUAGUAGUUGCUAAAACAAAACCAAAACUCAUAUGUAUGUGUCACUAAACAUCAAAACUCUGCAUUUCAAAGUAACUUAAUAAAU